UGAGAGGAGGUGGAGUUGACCAACACUAGAAUUGGACAGUUUAUUCGAGGUUGCAUGUUGCAAAUUUUCGUUUAAAACUGGGAUUUCUGUGGACUUCCAUUGCAAAAGGUGGACUGGGCAAAGUGAGAAUUUGUGUGCUCUGAACGGGCGUUUUUGUAUCGACAUUUAUAUAAUUGGAGGAAUUUAAAGGGUUGCUUUCAUCUCACAAUAUUCGAACAUUAUGCUAUUCCAGCGUUGUUUGCGACGCCUUGUAAUUGGUCAGUGUGGUUUUAAGUUAUGUUCUGUUCCUGCGCGGACUGCAACUAAAUUCCAUCACUGUCAGAGAAGUAACGUUGGCUUCAGUAAUUACUGCACCACGUCAGAUUUGAGGGAACGCACCCUAAUUGCAGUGAAGCCAGAUGGAGUACAACGGCGCCUGGUGGGCCAAAUAGUCCAACGCUUUGAAAAGAGGGGCUUCAAAUUAGUGGGCUUGAAGAUGCUGAAGGCUUCAGAAGACUUGCUGUCUCAGCACUACCAAAACCUGCAGAAAAAGCCCUUCUUCCCUGACGUGCUUUGUUACAUGUCUGCAGGACCUGUGGUUGUCAUGGUGUGGGAGGGAUAUAAUGUGGUCCGAACGUCCCGUAUGAUGGUGGGGAAGACCAACCCAACUGAGGCAGACCCUGGCACUGUCCGAGGGGACUUUGGCAUCCAUGUUAGCCGGAACGUGGUUCACGCCAGUGACUCAGUAGAGGGAGCCCAAAGGGAGAUCCAGCUGUGGUUUGACGGCAAAGAGCUGAUGGACUGGGACUGCUGUGAUCAUAGCAACUUGUCUGAGCUAUGAGAGAGAGCACAGCAAGCGGCCUGCCAGAACUGCACCAUAGCAACACCAGGACUACCUCAAAUUGUUUUCAUAUAGGUCACCCUCAUGUUUCCACUACCCAGCAGCCCAACAUAGACAUGCUUGGGAAUAAGACAAAAACCUGCUACCUGGUCCCAAUAUUUAUUCACUAAUACAUUACCAAUAAUACAUUUACCAUCAGAGUUUUCCACAAAUCUCCCACCUCUUAAUUAGCUGUUUCAGCAUUUUCCUCCAAACAUCUGUGAAAUGAACUUUUAAACCUUUCACCAUACAAAAACAAGUCACAAGUGGGAGCAAUUUAAUGCCUCAAGUAAUUCUUGUCCAGUUUGAAAGUCUAUAACUAUGGUUUCUAGGCAGUGCACAUUUUUAUUUUGUUAAGGGCACAGAGGUUCAAUGCACCCAAACGUGAUUUUUUUUGAGCCUGUCAUAGUGCUCACAGUAGAACAAAAAGGACAAAUACCUUAGUUUUUGUCUAAGUUACUGUUACUUUAGACAUGUCAUUCUAAUGUAAUUCCUUCCCUGCAUUUUUAUUAUGAAUUAGUUGUUCAUAAGGACAGUCUACCAGGUAAAAAUAAAAAGAGUACAAGCUACAAAAUAGGCAGAGAUGAUGACCCACACAUUUUAGUUAGACAAUCACAUUCUAAUGUUUGCAUUUCAUAUAAGGUGUUAAUGUGCUCUAUAUGUAAUAGGACUAUGGUGAACUUAAUUUAAUUUUCAGAAAAUAGACUUGAAUUUUCAGAUGGUAAUAUUGUGAAUGGAUAAUGUUAUUCAUAAAUUAAAUUGUCAAACAUCACAAGAAUGUUAAGGAAAAUGGACCUGAUAAACUUGAAUAGAAGCAUUUUGCUUUUGCGUGGGGUAAUGUUUGUCUAUAAAUACUUACCUAAACAUCAGUUGGGACAAAACCCUCCCAUGAAAAUCUUAACUAAUGUUACCCUUCAAGGCGGGAAAGUCAUUAUGGGGACACAAGCUGCCUUUAUGUUCUGCUGAUGAAUCUGAACUAUAGGUAAAAUAAACUGAGUUAUGCUGAAACUGUGCCAAAUUAAGAACCUAUUCAAUGUGAAAUGUUGUAAAUAAUUUGUUUUGUUCAAUAAAACAUUUCUGCUGAAAUCA